AUGAUUGGAUGUGGCAAGCUGCACAUCCACACUGCGGCAGAAAUUGCCCGCAAACAGAUGCUGGACUGCCCUCAGAUGGCUGCCGUGGAAAUGUUUGCAUCUCUGGGCAGCUACGGGAAGCAUGCUGGGCACGAAGAAAGGGACCUGCACAGGUGGUUAGGAGGCCUUUUCAACAUUGGCUUGGAAGUCUAUUGGACCACUGUCAAACUACAGGUUGGGCUGAAACACUUGUCAGCUCUGCGUCGUGCGUUGCAGAUAGUGAGCUUGCGCCUGCCCUGUGGAGGUUUCAACAGCGAUGAAGCCAACAAAUGUUCGCAUUCCGGGCAACCUGUGUAUAAGGUGUUCGACGUCAAAUUCCCUUGUGUGAUCAUUCCCCACGAAUGGAUACCGAAAUCUGCCGCUUGGCUGCACGUGGCUUCCUGCUGUCUGAGUGAAACAUCAUCUUUGACGCUGGGACGCGAGGUCUCUCAGGAAGUUCACCGCCACGUGGCGAAGCUGAUGUCAUGGUCAAUGGAGUGCGCUCUGCAGGGCAAGGGCCCCCACGCGGGCUUCCACGGCGAGCAGGCCGCCUAUUUCUGCAUGAAGUAUGAUCUCAAGGCACGGGUGCAGUGCAACUUCUUCAGCAGAAAUUACAACGCGAACCUCGUUUGCGAAAGCUGCUUUGCCUGCAAACCAGCUAAAACCACAGACCCUCUGCUGAACUAUCGCGAUUUCACAUUGUCUGCUGGCCAUCGCCUAAGCCGCAUCAGCCAUCGCACCUAUGUGGCAAUGACGCCGCCAAGUGAGCUUUCACCAUGGGUGUGCAUGCCUGGGUGGUCCCUCGAGUCGUGCUCCCGCGAUCCCAUGCAUUCAAUCUACCUGGGCGUUUGCAGGGACCUUGUUGGUUCGUUGCUAGCAGACUGGAUCGAUGCUGGACUGCUGCCUCCAGCUCCCACUGUGUCUGACCAGCUUCGAGCUUUCUCACUUGAAAUGCACGCAGUGUGCAAAAGAGAGAAGCGGCCUGGCAGCAGAUACGAUGCCUUUGUGAACACGUCAUCUGCCGAAACAGCAGAGCUCAUGUUGUUCAGUGCUGAGGAUCCGAUUCUCAGGGCAGGGACUGCAUGUGUGUGGUCCUUGAACGAAGCCAUCAGCAUUUUGGACCAGAGCGACAUCAUUUUGGAAAAGCAAGACGCUGAUCGGUUUUCGGUGCUCCUUCGAGAAUCUUUGAUUUGCUGGCAGUAUCUCGCAGCCAAGUUCCUUGAGGCCAACAAGCGCAGAUGGCACUUGCGCCCAAAGCACCAUGUUCUAGAUCAUUUUGCAGACGAGGUGGCAGAGACACAGAUCAAUCCUCGCCUUUCUUGCUCUUGCUUUCAAGAAGAAAGCUACCUAGGACAUUUGAAACGCAUUGCGACGAAGUGCUCAUCCCUGACAGUCCUAGAAAGGACAUUCCAGCGGUUGUUGCUCUUCUUGAGUUUGCGUUGGCAACGUGCUCGUGACUGGGAGCAACAGCUCUUGCAGCCGGAGGCAGUGGGGUCAAGCUUCCAAGCGUUGUGUCCUUUUGCCUUCCCGACCAAGAAAUUGCAAGGUCAGCCGGCGUUUGUGCACGGCGGCUGCUAA